UCCGGCCGGAAGUCCGCAGCCUCCCGAGCCGCUGAUUGGCUUUCAGGCUGGCGCCUGUCUCGGCCCCCGCACCAGUUUUGGGCUGGUUGGCGCGGAAUCGGGAGAUUCGGGACCAUGGCGCCCGUGCACGGCGACGACUGUGAGAUAGGGGCGAGUGCUCUUUCAGAUUCAGGGAGUUUUGUAUCUUCUCGAGCCCGGCGAGAAAAAAAAUCAAAGAAGGGGCGCCAAGAAGCCCUAGAAAGACUGAAAAAGGCUAAAGCUGGUGAGAAGUAUAAAUAUGAAGUCGAGGACUUCACAGGUGUUUAUGAAGAAGUUGAUGAAGAACAGUAUUCGAAGCUGGUUCAGGCACGCCAGGAUGAUGACUGGAUUGUGGAUGAUGAUGGUAUUGGCUAUGUGGAAGAUGGCCGAGAGAUUUUUGAUGAUGACCUUGAAGAUGAUGCCCUUGAUGCUGAUGAGAAAGGAAAAGAUGGUAAAGCACGCAACAAAGACAAGAGGAAUGUAAAGAAGCUCGCAGUGACAAAACCGAACAACAUUAAGUCAAUGUUCAUUGCUUGUGCUGGAAAGAAAACUGCAGAUAAAGCUGUAGACUUGUCCAAGGAUGAUCUGCUAGGUGACAUUCUACAGGAUCUUAACACUGAGACACCUCAAAUAACUCCACCACCUGUAAUGAUACUGAAGAAGAAAAGAUCCAUUGGAGCUUCACCGAAUCCUUUCUCUAUGCACACCGCCACGGCAGUUCCUUCAGGAAAAAUUGCUUCCCCUGUCUCCAGAAAGGAACCUCCAUUAACUCCUGUUCCUCUUAAACGUGCUGAAUUUGCUGGCGAUGAUGUACAGGUCGAGAGUACAGAAGAAGAGCAAGAGUCAGGGGCAAUGGAGUUUGAAGAUGGUGACUUUGAUGAGCCCAUGGAAGCUGAAGAGGUGGACCUGGAGCCUAUGGCUGCCAAGGCUUGGGACCAAGAGAGUGAGCCAGCAGAGGAAGUGAAACAAGAGGCGGAUUCUGGGAAAGGGACCAUGUCCUACUUAGGAAGUUUUCUCCCGGAUGUCUCUUGUUGGGACAUUGAUCAAGAAGGUGAUAGCAGUUUCUCAGUGCAAGAAGUUCAAGUAGAUUCCAGUCACCUCCCAUUGGUAAAAGGGGCAGAUGAGGAACAAGUAUUCCACUUUUAUUGGUUGGAUGCUUAUGAGGAUCAGUACAACCAACCAGGUGUGGUAUUUCUGUUUGGGAAAGUUUGGAUUGAAUCAGCCGAGACCCAUGUGAGCUGUUGUGUCAUGGUGAAAAAUAUCGAGCGAACGCUUUACUUCCUUCCCCGUGAAAUGAAAAUUGAUCUAAAUACGGGGAAAGAAACAGGAACUCCAAUUUCAAUGAAGGAUGUUUAUGAGGAAUUUGAUGAGAAAAUAGCAACAAAAUAUAAAAUUAUGAAGUUCAAGUCUAAGCCAGUGGAAAAGAACUAUGCUUUUGAGAUACCUGAUGUUCCAGAAAAAUCUGAGUACUUGGAAGUUAAAUACUCGGCUGAAAUGCCACAGCUUCCUCAAGAUUUGAAAGGAGAAACUUUUUCUCAUGUAUUUGGGACCAACACAUCUAGCUUGGAACUGUUCUUGAUGAACAGAAAGAUCAAAGGACCUUGUUGGCUUGAAGUAAAAAGUCCACAGCUCUUGAAUCAGCCAGUCAGUUGGUGUAAAGUUGAGGCAAUGGCUUUGAAACCAGACCUGGUGAAUGUAAUUAAGGAUGUCAGUCCACCACCGCUUGUCGUGAUGGCUUUCAGCAUGAAGACAAUGCAGAAUGCAAAGAACCAUCAAAAUGAGAUUAUUGCUAUGGCAGCUUUGGUCCAUCACAGUUUUGCAUUGGAUAAAGCAGCCCCAAAGCCUCCCUUUCAGUCACACUUCUGUGUGGUGUCUAAACCAAAGGACUGUAUUUUUCCAUAUGCUUUCAAAGAAGUCAUUGAGAAAAAGAAUGUGAAGGUUGAGGUUGCCGCAACAGAAAGAACACUGCUAGGUUUUUUCCUUGCAAAAGUUCACAAAAUUGAUCCUGAUAUCAUUGUGGGUCAUAAUAUUUAUGGGUUUGAACUGGAAGUACUACUGCAGAGAAUUAAUGUGUGCAAAGCUCCUCACUGGUCCAAGAUAGGUCGACUGAAGCGAUCCAACAUGCCAAAGCUUGGGGGCCGGAGUGGAUUUGGUGAAAGAAAUGCUACCUGUGGUCGAAUGAUCUGUGAUGUGGAAAUUUCAGCAAAGGAAUUGAUUCGUUGUAAAAGCUACCAUCUGUCUGAACUUGUUCAGCAGAUUCUAAAAACUGAAAGGGUUGUAAUCCCAAUGGAAAAUAUACAAAAUAUGUACAGUGAAUCUUCUCAACUGUUAUACCUGUUGGAACACACCUGGAAAGAUGCCAAGUUCAUUUUGCAGAUCAUGUGUGAGCUAAAUGUUCUUCCAUUAGCAUUGCAGAUCACUAACAUCGCUGGGAACAUUAUGUCCAGGACGCUGAUGGGUGGACGAUCCGAGCGUAACGAGUUCUUGUUGCUUCAUGCAUUUUACGAAAACAACUAUAUUGUGCCUGACAAGCAGAUUUUCAGAAAGCCUCAGCAAAAACUGGGAGAUGAAGAUGAAGAAAUUGAUGGAGAUACCAAUAAAUACAAGAAAGGGCGUAAGAAAGCAGCUUAUGCUGGAGGCUUGGUUUUGGACCCCAAAGUUGGUUUUUAUGAUAAGUUCAUUUUGCUUCUGGACUUCAACAGUCUAUAUCCUUCCAUCAUUCAGGAAUUUAACAUUUGUUUUACAACAGUACAAAGAGUUGCUUCAGAGGCACAGAAAGUUACAGAGGAUGGAGAACAAGAACAGAUCCCUGAGUUGCCAGAUCCAAGCUUAGAAAUGGGCAUUUUGCCCAGAGAGAUCCGGAAACUGGUAGAACGGAGAAAACAAGUCAAACAGCUAAUGAAACAGCAAGACUUAAAUCCAGACCUUAUUCUUCAGUAUGACAUUCGACAGAAGGCUUUGAAGCUCACAGCGAACAGUAUGUAUGGUUGCCUGGGAUUUUCCUAUAGCAGAUUUUACGCCAAACCACUGGCUGCCUUGGUGACAUACAAAGGAAGGGAGAUUUUGAUGCAUACGAAAGAGAUGGUACAAAAGAUGAAUCUUGAAGUUAUUUAUGGAGAUACAGAUUCAAUUAUGAUAAACACCAAUAGCACCAAUCUGGAAGAAGUAUUUAAGUUGGGAAACAAGGUAAAAAGUGAAGUGAAUAAGUUGUACAAACUGCUUGAAAUAGACAUUGAUGGGGUUUUCAAGUCUCUGCUACUGCUGAAAAAAAAGAAAUACGCUGCUCUGGUUGUUGAGCCAACGUCGGAUGGGAAUUAUGUCACCAAACAGGAGCUCAAAGGAUUAGAUAUAGUUAGAAGAGAUUGGUGUGAUCUUGCUAAAGACACUGGAAACUUUGUGAUUGGCCAGAUUCUUUCUGAUCAAAGCCGGGACACUAUAGUGGAAAACAUUCAGAAGAGGCUGAUAGAAAUUGGAGAAAAUGUGCUAAAUGGCAGUGUCCCAGUGAGCCAGUUUGAAAUUAACAAGGCAUUGACAAAGGAUCCCCAGGAUUACCCUGAUAAAAAAAGCCUACCUCAUGUACACGUUGCACUCUGGAUAAAUUCUCAAGGAGGCAGAAAGGUGAAAGCUGGAGAUACUGUGUCAUAUGUCAUCUGUCAGGAUGGAUCAAACCUCACUGCAAGUCAGAGGGCCUAUGCGCCUGAGCAGCUGCAGAAACAGGAUAAUCUAACCAUUGACACCCAGUACUACCUGGCCCAGCAGAUCCACCCAGUCGUGGCUCGGAUCUGUGAACCAAUAGACGGAAUUGAUGCUGUCCUCAUUGCAACGUGGUUGGGACUUGACCCCACCCAAUUUAGAGUUCAUCAUUAUCAUAAAGAUGAAGAGAAUGAUGCUCUACUUGGUGGCCCAGCACAGCUCACUGAUGAAGAGAAAUACAGGGACUGUGAAAGAUUCAAAUGUCCAUGCCCUACAUGUGGAACUGAGAAUAUUUAUGAUAAUGUCUUUGAUGGUUCGGGAACAGAUAUGGAGCCCAGCUUGUAUCGUUGCAGUAACAUCGAUUGUAAGGCUUCACCUCUGACCUUUACAGUACAACUGAGCAACAAAUUGAUCAUGGACAUUAGACGUUUCAUUAAAAAGUACUAUGAUUCUUAGAAGCACUGUAGGAGAAGUCAACCUGCACUGAGAAAGGAAGGUAUCUUCAUGAGAAAGGGACUCCAGGAAGAUGAAUGGAAUAUGGUACUUGACCAAACACUAUAACCUGCCAAGAAACAUAGUUCUAGAUGACUAAGAAAUUAGAUUGUCAAGAAAAAAGGGACAAAAGUUUGGGGUAACAAAGUAUACUUCUAAAUCACUUUAAUUUUGGAAAAGUACAUCACAUUCUGUUACCUUCUGUCAUGAAUUAACAGGACUGACUAAAUAUGAUAUAACAAAUAUUUGUUUAAGUUUAUCUGAGAAGCAAUCUGUAUCACAUUAUAAUAUUUUAAUAAAUAUUGGCUCCUUUAUGGGAGAGGAGAGGCUUUUUGCUCCUCAUCUAUAGCAAUGAUUGUAUUCCCUGAAUUCUAGUUUGCUAUAACAUUUAAACUUUGAUAUACAUAGAAAUACAGAAAGCACUGAGCCAGGAUAUUUUAAGUAAUAUAUUAAUUUCUUUAGGAAGAAGACAACUCUAUGCUUUGUCUUGAGAUUUGAUGAAGUGUUGAAAGACUUCGAGGUAGCACAGAAAGCCUUAUUUCAAAGUUGAUUUCAUGCCCUGGUCCUUGUUGGUUCCUUUGUAUAAAGUUAAAAUUGAACUGGUAUUUUUUGAAAAUCAUAAAAAGGCAGCUUAAAGACAAUAACUCUAAGCUUUUAGGGUUGUUUUUGAAAGAUUCCGUUUUACAGUGAAAAAUUGAUAUGUGUUCCCCCUCCCCUUAAAUUCUGCUCCAGAAGAGCAAAUAGACAUACACACACAAAAGGGAGAGAAACACUAGCUAAUCUAAAUUGGGAAAUGAAGAGGGCUUUUUUUAAGCAUGAAAAUUUCAUCAUCUUGUCAGCUGGCAGAAUGCCUGCUGUGUGGAUUCACAAAGGCUAAGAAUUACACUUUCAUGAAAUUUUCCUCACUAACUGCCCUGGUUAAUUUGAAAGAUAACCCACUGUUCUAAUUCAUUCCUCAAUUGGGCGGUGCAGGUUUUAUCUUUGAUCUGACAAAGCAUUUGUGUUAAUCGUUUUGGCCCUCCACUAGACACUCUUGGGAUUGUGCUUUUACAAUAAAUGUGUCUGUGAUAGCUCUUUAGUCUAUUAUACUUACAAUAGAUCCAUAGAACUGGUAAUUAAUUCUCCACUGCUUUGGAAAUGGGAAGAAUAGGUGUAGCUCUGUCAAGUGCUGCUGGGAAGUUUGUUUAGCUGGUUCAUUUUUGAAGUGUUCCCCUCAGCCAUCCAAGAAGCAGCCACAGAAGAGAGCCUGAGAUUGAGAAGCUGGCCUAUCCUGAUGACUUGCUGAUAAAUGGGAAAUGUGACCCCUCUUGGUACCUGGGAGGAGGAUAUUGGGUCAUUUACAUUCAUCUCAAGUACUGUUCUUUUUAAAGUACAUUAAACUCUCAUUUUAAUACUUAAAGAGCCAUUUGCCUCUAAUGGUGGAGCCUCUAGAAGAUGCAAUCGUAAUAGUCAACUCAAAUAUGUUCCUAAAUUUUCACUGAUGGCUUAUGCAGGUUUUAGAGUAUUCUGAUUGGGCAAAGUGUGCUCCCCACCAGCCUUCUAGUGUUUCUAGCCACUUGUACAUUAUAUGAGUACUUUACUAUGAUUUUUAAACAUUGCGAUAUUGCUGGCCCUAGAUGGGGCUGGCCCUCCAUGUCAAAGAACACAUGAACAGCUUGUUGGUACCAUGCAUAUGAUAACCUCUGAUAGUUGCUAGGGCCAGAAAUUGGUGGUCUCACUCCAUAGAAAGUUGUUGUAGGCUUUAUAAUCUCAGGAUUUUCCUGAAUUAAGCUUUUUGAGGACAGGGGCUGUGCUUUCUUUUCUGUUUUAUGUGUGAUCUCUGCCACAGCCCUUGCUCUCAGAAGUACAUGUAUCUUGAUGUUUAGUAGCCAAGGAACUGACAAGUAAAGGUUAUAUUUUGCUGUUUUUUCCUUAAAUUUUUUUACAUUGCUGUCAGAUUGGCGGAAGACUUAUUAGUGGCCUACAGGAUUCUUGGGUUAACACAAAAUUCUACAAUAUUUUAAGGUCAUGAAAGCCAUGACAAAUAAAGCUCUUUGUUACUUUUCUAUUUUUUACGGCACUGACAACUCUGCAUUUCAGUAUAUGCCUGUCCCCAACUCAAUAGCUUUACUUUGUUUUUUCCCCAAACCAAAUACCAGGCAAAGAGGCAUUAACCAGAAAUAUCAUCAUGAUGCACAAUAGCACCUAGCCUAAAUGUACUUUCAUUGUCCAGAUAGAAGAAUCUAUCUCUAUAUAACGUGGCAAAGAAAGUGGAUGCCUAGCUUUGUUACUCUCUUUCUGUUCUCUCCUUGUAUUUUUCUCUUGUACUUCUUAGUAUAUUGUGUCAUAAGCCACAUUUUAAAAUCUCUUUUGGACCCACAUUUUGAGGAAUUUAAAAAAUAAUGUGCAGUGUAUGUCGCCUUAUGAUGCAAAAACUUCCUUAUGCACACGUUUAAGCACUUAGGGAAGAAGAGAGCAUUUGACCAAUGAUGCUGAGCCUUAGCAUGGUAGCUGUGAGUUCUUUUGGACGAGGCCACGCACCAGGAAGUAGAGUAGGAUGUUUUGUAGUGUAUGAAGAUUCCAUAUUAAGCCUGUUUUUCAUCUUUGCAAGUUAAACAAAAAAACUUUAAAAUUUUAAAGUGGAUAUGCAUUCCUUGAAGACAAAAUUAAUAACAACCCCCAAGCAUAAUGUUGUUAAGCCAGGGAUUGAAUUAGAGCUGCCUUUUAUCAAAAGUGCAAUGAGGGCAGGAUAAAAUAUUGGUUAAAAUAUUUGCUUCACAAAAAUACCCAUUUAGCAUCACAAGUAAGCACCAUUCAUGGCUCCCAACAAUACUUGAAAAAGGGUAAUUUUGUUAGGAAUGCACAAAACUAAAUAAAUAAAUCCGAUAAAUUAGAGAUGAAGCAGCCUCCCACUCUAUCCCUCCUGCCCACACCCAUGUAAAUCACUAACAGGGCUUCUCAUUUCCAUUGUCUUUCACUUCUCAACAGAGCUAUCUUGUGCAGGUGGACCUGUGAGUUUUAGAGCCAUGCAGUGGCAUUCAGUAACUCUACUGUAGUUUCAUUGCAAAUAUGCAGUGUUCAAUAACCCUCAAAAUUUCUCAUUUCUUACCUAUGGUGAUGUGGUUUGAUAGUUUUUAGGUUAUAGGUUGCAAUAUGCAGUAGAAUCACAGGUAUAUUAGUUCAAAAAGUUUAAGCACUUUUGGAAUUAUUGUUUAUUUCCUUGCUUCUGCAUUUAUAUUUAGAACAUUUAAAAAGAAUAAAUUUGGUUUUCUUUUUUGUAGACUCUAACAGCAUAAUUAUAAGUGGUACAAAGGCAUACAAAGAAGCAAUAGAUAUCCAUCCCACCCAUUCAACAUCACAGGCAGCCCAGUCCAUGCUGCCCAGCAGUGCUUGAAGAAGGGUAAUUUUUUUAGGAAUCCAUAGAACUCAUCCUAAAUCUUGUUAAAACCAAACGAAAAGAACAUAUUGAAAAUUAGUGUUUAUUUUUGCUUCAUACUAUUUGUUUGGGAAGCCAAACAUAAAUGAAUGCCAGGGAUACCAACUGCGUUUUUAAAAUGUGAUAUUCUUUAUGUUUAUUCCUUUUUUAUUUUUAAUUUUUAGAGAUAGAGUCUUAUUCUGUCACCCAGGGUGGUGUGCAGUGGUACGAUCAUGGCUCACUGCAGCCUUGAACUCCAGCAAUCCUCCUGCCUCAGCCUCCCAAGUAGCCAGGACUACAGGCACAUACUACCAUGCCCAGCUAAUUUUUUUUUUUUUUUUUGAGACGGAGUCUUGCUCUUCGCCCAGGCUGGAGUGCAGUGGUGCAAUCUCAGCUCACUGCAAGCUCUGCCUCCUGGGUUCUCGCCAUUCUCCUGCCUCAGCCUCCCAAGUAGCUGGGACUACAGGCACCUGCUACCACGCCUGGCUAAUUUUUUGUAUUUUUAGUAGAGACGGGGUUUCACCGUGUUAGCCAGGAUGGUCUCGAUCUCCUGACCUCGUGAUUCGCCUGCCUCGGCCUCCCAAAAUGCUGGGAUUACAGACGUGAGCCACCACACCCGGCCAGCUAAUUUUUUAUUUUAAGUUUUGUAUAGACAGGGUCUCACUAUGUUGCCCAGGCUGGUCUUGAACCCCUGGCCUCCAGCAAUCCUCCCUCCUUGGCCUCCCAAAGUGUUGAGAUUACAGGCGUGAGCCACCAUGCCUGGCCUUAAAUGUGGUAUUCUAACACCAGUGUCCAUUCAUGGAGGGUUGGUAUGUUUUUAUUCAUGAAUGGCUGAUUUUUGUUGUUAUUGUUGUUGUUGUCAAGCAAGCUCAUUUUGAGUCAGGUAUAACAUUUUGCUGCUAUGCCAUGGCAUGUUCUCACAGAAAAAUUAAGAAACAAGGGACUGGUGGUGAUUGGAAUAGAAUCUCAUUGUAAGUAAUUUAUCCUUGUACAAAUCUAAGUGAAUAACAGAUCAAAUCCAAUUCCCUAAAACAUGCCAGCUAUGUAUUCUAUACAAGCAGCUUAUCAUGGUAUAUAGUAUUAAUUGUUGUAAAGGAGUUCUAAUAAGCAAAUAAGUUCAGAUGCAGCCAUUUAUGCCACUUGACUUUUAUCCUUCGUAGAAUAACUAACAUUUACCUGUAUUUUCUACAUUUAUCAGAAAACCCCUUUCUCUUUUAUUUCAUUUAAUCCUAAUCUUAUGACAUGAACCCGGUUUGGGGAGGCCCAGAUCUAGAGCAUGAUUUUGGGGGACUAACAUGGAACCAUCACCAAAUUCUGAGGUGCUGAAACUGCAGAGAAUAUUGUUGCCUAUUGAGGACUAACCCCCAGAGCCACUGACGAGAUCUGAGCUUGGGCCGUAGUCUCUCCCUUACCCAUAUCAUUUCCCACAUAUGGAUAUCCACCCUCCUAAGUUUUUUGUUGGGGAUGGAGUACUAUAUGGGAUAAUGCACUUAAGGUGCUGAGAAAGUGCCUACAGAGAGCUCAUUAUUAAUUAUCACUGUUCCAAUCUGAGACAUAGUGAAUGAACAUGGCUCAGCUGUGUUCCUUUUGUGUACUCAGAAACACCAGAGAUUCAGACCUGGGCCAGGGCCGUGAUGCCCAGUUCUUUUCAAGGUAUCUCCAAGGUAUCCAUCUGGAAGCUUUUGUCUUAUGCUCUCCCUCUCACAUCCAUUUAGAAGGAUACCAAACUGUGCUGUGUUUCCUCUUGGCCCUCCCUUCAGUUUGCCAGUAAAGUAGUUUCCUUUUCAGUGUUGGUGAAUAGAGUCUCAAAGUCAGCAUUGGGAAAUGGAUACUAAGCUAUAACUCCUUCAAGGCAAUAGCACAGAAUACUGCAGAAUACUACAGCACAGAAUAUUACAAUAGCACAGAAUACUACAAUAGCACAGAAUACUGCAGCACCCAGUAUUGUGCCUAACCUGAUAGGUGCUCGGUAAAUUUUAUUGAAUGAGUUCACGAUGUCCUGAGAGGUUGAUGCUAUCAAGUGACUCUCCCAGGUCACACAUAGUAGCAUCAAGACUGUGACCAUACUUGGAGACCCUAGUCCGGUAUCCUGCCCAUAAUAACUUGGAAGACAGCCAGUUAUGGAUACCAAGUUGCUUAGCGUCUUCUUUGUAGUCACUCUUAGAGCAGGAUUGAUCAAGAGCCUUCGCUAUUCUCAUUACAAGCUAGGCCAGGUCACAAGGCUGACUGGGGCAUGAGUCCAGAAGGCUGAUGAUAGCCAUCCAGCAAUGGACUAGUACAGCCAUUGAAAGGAAGCACGUGUUGAACCUGGGGUUUCAGCGACUUCUGUUAUGGUUUGCCUCCUCUGACGGGAAAAUUGAAAGCUUUCUGAAAUGCUGAGGAAAUGCCAUAGGAGUUGUCAGAUAUCUGAAAACAAGUGGGUAAAAACAGAAAACUACUUGUGCCAAAACAGUAGAAUUCCUUUCUUCAGUUUGAUUUCUCUAACCUGGUGUAUUUAGGAAAAACUCAACUUCAGGUCUAACUCCAGUCAUCUAGAGCUACUGUCUUGUAGUAGAGUAAGAAAUUGAACCAGAACAGAUUUCAUUUAACCUUUCAAAAGUUAGAUUUUCGCACAGUUGACCUUCUUGACUUCAAGGAACAAGACGGGACUAUCAGUUCUCUGCUGCAUGCGUCAACAAGAGAUGGGAGGAGAGCGCCCCAGGCGAUGGCUGUUUUUCAUAUUUGGGUUGCCCAGAGAAUGUACAUUUUGGUUCACAUAUGGAAAUCAGCCCUUUGUAGAUAGUUACAGAUAGGAAUUUCCAGAUGAUCCUGUCUACCUUAGUCUUGUCUUAAUGGAAUAACCAUAUUUCUGCUUGGGAGUGGGUUAAUUCAGCUGCCUUUCCGAGGUACCAUGGAAAAAUUCUCUAAGCCUGGAUUCCAAGAAAUACUACUACUGAUGAGAAUUAGAGCACUGGUGUUUUUCAAAUGGUGGGUGUUGGUUUGUUUUGAGCUUGGCAUAAAUCACGUGUUGACCUUAGCUUGCUUUUUUUUUUUUUUUCUUUGAGACAGAGUUUCGCUCUUGUUGCCCAGGCUGGAGUGCAAUGGCAUGAUCUCGGCUCACUGUAACCUCUGCCUCCCAGGUUCAAGCGAUUCUCCUGUCUCAGCCUCCUGAGUAGCUAGGAUUACAGGCGCGUGCCACCACCCUCAGCUAAUUUUGUAUUUUUAGUAGAGAUAGGGUUUCUCCAUGUUGGUCAGGCUGAUCUCGAACUCCUGACCUCAGGUGAUCCACCUGCCUUGAACUCCCAAAGUGCUGGGAUUACAGGCGUGAGCCACCAUGCCUGGCUGACCUCAGCUUGCUUUUGAAAACCAGCGUAUAACUUUUUGUCUUGGUUCAAAACUCAUCUGACUCUUGACACUUCUUCCAAGUUUUUGUUUUCGUUUUUACUGUGCUAUAGUGUAACUCUCAGGGUGGGUAGUUUUGUGAGGUCCAUCACCCAGCUUGUUUCCCGGAAGAUCCUUGGCCUCGUUCAGACCAUUCAAGUGCUCAUGGUUUCUUGGCUGUUUGAGGAGCUCUUGAUGCUUCUGGGAACCUAGAUGAUUUGCCAGCCCAGCUCUCAGGAGCCCAGCCUAGCAGGGCUUCCGUCUCCAUCCACCAUCAAAGAAUGUUCAAGAAUCUUGGCAUGAAGUGGCAAGAAAAAAGAAAACUGCCCAGGAUUUACAUCUAUAUGUAUACUAAGGAUUUAUAAAUCAUGUGGAUAAAGUUAUGGCUAAUCUUUUGAGGAUGAUUUCUCUCAACUACAGCUUUCCCUCAAGAGUGACUUCUUCCAGAAAUUGAUCAGCAAAGAAAGAUCAAAAGGAAAGCCCAGAUUCAAGAGAGACCUCUUUAAAAUUUUCCAGCAAAAUAGAUUCUCUUACUGACGAAUGUAUGCAAGUGGUAUAGCACAGUGGUUCUCAAACCUUUUGGUUUGUGGGACCCCUGUAUACUCUUAAAGUACUGAGGAAAAUGAAGAGUUUUAGUUUAUGUGGAUAUUCUUUUUUUGUCACUACACCAAAUCUGGUAAUGAUAUAGUUUCUUAAAGGUUAUUUACAAUGUGGAAUCUGAAAUCAUAUCAGUAAACUUUUUGUGCUCUGGUAUAUUAAAAUCCAUUGCUCUGUCUUGCACUUUGAGCAGAUCAUUUACCCAUGCAUGAUUUUGUAACAUCGUGCCUUGGUCACUUAGAAAAUACUGGUUCACUGACAUGAAGAGUUUCCAAUUCAUUAUACAGUUUUUUGAAAUCGCAUUUGUUCAUAUCAUUACCAGUCUCAUCAGAAAAGUCUAAAUAUUGGGAAGCUGUUGAGCUCAUGGUGGUGGAUACAAAUGUUCCAGUGAAAACUAAUUGAAAGCUAGAAAUUUGUCGUUGGUUACAAAUACUGUCAGUUGGUUUUUCUUGAGGUUACAGGAUCAGUUGGUUAAUUUUUGAGAAGAUGUCUGCCAGAUACCCAGGUCUGGAUAACCAUAGUUAUCUAUCAGUUAUUCUUUCAAGUAAAGAUGGUAUUAUUUGAACAGAGUGGUUAGUUCAGCUUGCAACUCAGACAGUUACACAGGUGCUUUUCCUGGAAACAAAUACUGUACUUCAACACAUGAUAAUAAAAGGAUAUAUAUUUAAAGGUUGCAAUUUAAUAAAAUUUUACUUUCAUUGAGGACUUUCUUUAGUGAAACUGGCUUAAUUUUCUAUUUGUUAGAUUCUGAGCAUGUGAUGAUGAGAAAUACAAUGAUGAAUAGUACAGUUUGGGGCCACUACGUUGUUGUUGUUGUUUUGAGACGGAGUCUCACUCUGUCCCCCAGGCUGGAGUGCAGUGGCGCGAUCUUGGCUCACUGCAACCUCUGCCUCCUGGGUUCAAGUGAUUCUCCUGCCUCAGCCUCCCGAGUACCUGGGAUUAUAGGUGCCCACCACCACGCUCGGCUAAUUUUUGUAUUUUUAGUAGAGACGGGGUUUCACCAUGUUGGCCAGGCUGGUCUUGAACUCCUGACCCAGGUGAUUCACCCGCCUCGCCUUAACCUCCCAAAGUGCUGGGAUUAUAGGUGUGAGCCACUGCGCCCGGCCACGGGGGGCCACUACUUUGAUUGAUGCUAAUGUGCCAGGAGUUUUACCCAUCAUUGACUUUGCACCAUUAAUGCAAAUGUCAACACAGUGAAAAAAACACCAAUAAUAUCAUCGUAAUAUUAUAAAAAGUGUUUUGACUUUAUGGACUCCAGAACCUUCACCUUUCACUGUAGCAAUUUAUCCUAAAGAAAUGUACCCCAGGCCGGGUGUGGUGGCUCACGCCUGUAAUCCUAGCACUUUGGGAGGCUGAGCAGGCGGAUCACCUCACGUCAGGGGUUGAAGACCAGUGUGGCCAACAUGGCGAAACCUGUCUCUACUAAAAAUAUAAAAAUUAGCCUGGCGUCUUGGCACAUGCCUGUAAUCCUAGCUACUUGGGAGGCUGAGGCAGGAAAAUCGCUUGAACCCAGGAGGCAGAGGUUGCAAUGAGCUGAGAUUGUGCCACUGCAGUCCAUCCUGGGUGACAGAGUGGGACUCCGUCUCAAAAAAAAAAAAGCCCAAAAUUUAUG